UACUGAAGUGCUAGUUUGUUUCAAAUCUGAAUUUAUACUUAAAGAGCCUAUGAUGUGUUUGCAAAUUGCAUUUGCUAAUAUAUUUUUAUUUGAUCCAAAAGUAUUCCAAGAUUCAAGAAAGUUG